AUGCUCCUGGUCAGAGCUGCCCUACCUUAUCUUCCAUAUGACCGUAGUAGGAGAGUCGUCAAUAUCUCCAAUGUGUCCAGUAGUUUGGUCGGCCCAGGCCCUGUGGAGACCGACCUAAGGGAUGCUGCUUCCCCGGAAUUGACAGCGAAAGCAUCGAUUAUGAACAUGAUGACUCCAUUGGCGAGUGUGAGAGAUGGUGACGACAUGGAAGUGAUCAGGGAAGCUUCAUCCCAAGGAGGACGACCUGCGUACGCCAAUGAAAUUGCAGCCCUCGGGGCCCUUCUCUGUAGCCCUGAUUCAGUUUGGUCGACUGGAAGUGUUCUGUGCGCAAACGAUGGGAUGAAAUUUAGUUACUAG